AUGGCGGACGAAAUAUUGCCACAGCAAUCUGUGCGAGUGCUGGUCCCGUCGCUAGGCCCAUCAAUCGAAAGCACUCGGCUUCUUCUUCGCCCCGUUGAAGCCCGUGAUACUCCUGCAUUACUCGCUGUUCGUGGAAGGCCAGAAGUGGCAAAGACCAACUACCCCAAAACACCAUUCCAGUCAAUUGAAGAAACAGAGGAAUGGAUAUCAGGCAAGAUCUUUGCCAAAGGCCCAGAUGAUGUGAUUGGUCGUUCUUUCAAUUAUUCCAUUCUGGAUAAAUUGAUUCCUGAGUCUGAGGAACAGGUGAUCGGUUAUGUGAGUAUUAACUCGCUGAGCCCGUGUCCGGACAUCGGGUACUCGCUUCUUCCGGAGUCAUGGGGCAAGGGAUACGCAACAGAGGCUUUAGAAAUGCUGUUGAAAAUGUGGUGGGAUCUACCCCGGAGACCAUCGGAUCCUACAGGAUCUGUUGAUAUGGAGAAGGUCUUCGCGAUUUGUGAAAAGAAGAACCCUGGGAGUUGUGGUGUAUUGAAGAAGUGCGGAUUUGAGGUGGUGAAGGAGUUUCGAUUCGAUGUCGACGAGCUAUACAUAUGGUCUUUGAACAGACCGGAUCAGACUGUGGAUGAAAUUGUGAAAUAUCGUUACAGAGAGACUUAG